GGGAAGAUGAGGGUGAAAAUCUUCAGCUGCCUGCUGGCCUUUAUUCUGGGCUGUAAUUUCACUGCAGCAAUAAUAAACAGAAUAACUACGGAAGAUGGCCAUGUUUUUCUGAAUUGUCCUGAUUCUGUGACGGGUAAAGUGACGUGGAGCAGAGAGAGUCGUGGAAACAGAAUUGACGUUAUGACAACUGAUGGUCACGAAGACAUAAAACACAUUCACGACCCAAACAAAAGAUUCAGAUCGUUUGGAAAAAAGAUACUCGGCAUUUUGAGAGCUACCAUCUCAGAUGCUGGAUUAUACUUCUGUAACAGUGAACCAGCCAUGGAGCUGACGGUGAUCCCAUCAGGAAGCAACAAGAUACAAACAACAGCAGCAGCAGCAACUGAACCAUCAACAGCUGUGACAGAAACAGCGUCUCUUUAUCUGUGGCAGAUGUGGGUUCGUACGGUGAUCGUAAUUCUCUAUUUAAUCACCAUGAUCAGCAUCACUGUCAACUUCUGGAGGAAAGCUCGACGAAUAGCAGCGACACACAGCAGAAACAGAAAAUGAUCUGUGAUCCUUCGUCAUGCAGAAACAAGAGCGAUAAAAACUCAACUGUCAUCAGCAUAUGUCAUCAUUCGAUCCAAAAGGAAACAGUCAUUCUGCCUGCUGAGACGCCUACUACUGUUACUACUUCUGUGUAUCAGAGUUUAUUUCAGCAAACUAUCAAAUUUCAACAAAAUAUCAAACCAAUCAGCACACUCUUAGAACAAGAUAGUGAAUUUAUAUUUAUAUAUUUGUUUUUUUUGAUUGUUUGUUUUAUACUGAAAUGCUUGUUUUCAGCUUCCUGGUGUGUGUCAUAGAAACUAGUUUCCUCGGUGUGUUUCUCUCCUGACGUACUGCCUGUCACCAGCAUUUGUUGCGUUGCUGCUAGGUUGUGAGCAGCUUGUCGUCUUCCAAUUAAAACAUGUCAGUAAAUACCCCAGUGUGAUUUUUGAAGCUUUUAUGCAUCUUUAUAAACGGGGUUGCUGACAAGUGGCUUAAUGUGAUAAAACUAUUUAAAAUAGCGCUGAAAUAUUGUUGAUGUCACUAGGAUCUGCAUGUUCAGGAUGGUGCAAAAAAUAACCAUUACAUACAAAAAUGCCUACACUACUCCUCCAAAAAUUAAUCUGAUCACAAAAGGUGUUGUUGGUAAAAAACAAUGAAAAAAAAAUGCAUGCACUGAACUUAAAUGUUCACAUAAAAAAAACUUUCAGUGCUCAUCGACCACACAGAGACACUGAUGGGUGUUGCAGAUGUGUUUUCA